CUGGAUGCUUUAAAAUGCACAGUGGAGAGAACUGCUUCUGAACUAGAGUCUUUGAGAACAGAAGUAACCAAUCUGAAGAAAGACAUUCAGAAAAAACAAGCCAGAUUAAGCUUUCUUAAUGAAAAAAAUGCAAGUCUUUCCAAUAAGCUGAAGCUUGUGACUGAGGAGACACUCAGUUCUGAAGAGAAAGCUUUGAGGAUGGAAGAAAUAAUAAAAGAAGAAGAAAAAAUUGUCAAGGAAAAAGAAACAGAAGUGAACCAGUUAAAAGAGCUACUUUUCAAGAAGAAUCAAGAGCUAAAGUUGCAGAAGGAUAAGGAGAAAUGCGUUCUAGCAGAAAUAGAGGGAAGUCGAACAUCACUUAAAAAUCUCAAGAGUCGACUGCACCGACUUGAUGCAGAUGCCCUAAAACAACAAGAAUUCAUAUAUAACCAGGAUUUUUAUAUUCAGCAAGUACAGAGACGGCUGUCACGGUUAGAAGGGGAGGUUAAUGGAGAAGAAAAACAAGUUUUGGAAGCAAAAGUUGCUGAACUUAAGAAAACCUUAGAAGAAAAGAAAAAUGCAUAUGAUGUUUUACAUGCACAACACAAGAAACUUCAGAGUGACGUCCAUUUUCUCAAGAGAGCAGUGGAUAAGACAGGAGAAGAAAAAAGUGGUAUGAUGGUAAAGAUAAAUGAACUAAAUCUUUUCAAUGAGAGAUCAGAUCAAGAGUUAAAAAAAGCUAAAGCCACUAAACAGGAGAUGAUGGUCGAAGAUAAUCUCUUAAAACUAGAACUGAACCGUCUUCAAGGUACUCUGUGUAAUAAGGCAGAGAAAGUUCUAACACUGGAAAAACAGAAACUGGUGUUAGAGAAAGCCAUAGCAGAAAGAACUGAGGAAAUUAAGAUUCAUAAGGCAAUGCUGGGUUCCCAGAUACGACUUGUGGAUCAGGAACGGCAGCGCAUAAGUGCAGAAUUUCAAGAUCGCCUAAAUAAAAUUGAUAAACUGAGGUGCAGAUAUGAAAUUCUUACUGUUGCCAUGAUGCCACCAGACGGAGAAGAGGAGAAAACUCAUACCUACUAUGUAAUCAAGGCUGCACAAGAAAAGGCAGCACUUCAAUGUGAAGGUGAUGAUUUAGAUGCAAAGAUCUGCAAAGCUGAAAAAGAAAUUGUAGCUCUGGAAAACACUUUGGGUGUACUCAAUAAGUGCAACAGCAAUUACCGAAACUCCUUCAAGGAAGUCACUGAGACAAGUGAGGAAUAUGAGGAAAAAUUGAAACUAGAGGAGGAGAAAAGAGCUGCUGCUGAAAAAUACAGAUACAAGCGAAGACAGAUCAAGGAACUUCAAGAAAAUCUCGAG